AAAUUAAAGAAGAAUUAUUUUGUUUCAUUUAGUUGUUGUGUUGAGUUCGGUGGAAAACUAAAUUAUUUACGAUGAGAAGUGGAUUUUUAUUAGUCUUCGUAGUCUGCUUCGCAAUUGUCUUCGAUGUGUGCCAAUCGGCCCCGACCUUCUUCAAGAAGUUCGGAGGAGGCGGCUGCUGCGGCGGAGGAGGCGGCGGUUUGAUAAUUAAGAAAAUUUACAUCAGCGGAGGCGGAGGUUAUCCCGGCGGCGGUGGAGGUUAUCCGGGCGGCGGCCACGGCGGUGGAGGAGGUUGGGGCGGAGGCGGAGGCUGGGGUGGAGGAGGCGGCGGAGGUGGUGGAGGAGGAUGGGGCGGAGGUGGUGGUGGAGGAUGGGGAGGUGGAUUCGGUGGAGGCUUCGGCGGUGGUCAUGGAAAAGGAUGGGGAAAAUAAUGAUGGAUUCGUGUUCAAGUGAAAUAGUUUAAUAAAGAAUUUG